GCAGAGCUUUUGAGACUUGGGUGCUAAAAUGGCAGCUCUUUCAACGGUUCUGUCUCUUGGUUUCGGGUCACUUCGCCGCCCUUGGCGCCUUUCCUUCUUCUCCUCUUUCAAUUCGCUCCGGCAACAACAGACCUCACUUCUCCGAUGCCAAAGUCUCGUCCUUUCGAGGUCUCCGCUUAACAGGGCUCUUCAAGCUUCCCUUCAAUCCAAUUAUGCUCCGGUUACAUCACCGGGAGACCAUUCUGAGAUUGUGUUUAUGGGUACUGGAACAAGUGAAGGGAUCCCUCACUAAUCCUCUCAAAACAUGUUCGGUAUGCACCAAAAGCAACAGAACCUGGAAACAAGAACAGGAGACCUUAACACCAGCAUUCUUGUUCGGUACACUAGACCAUCCGGAACAAAGUAACAUCCUUAUUGGUUGUGGCAAUCUAAGAACACUUGAUGCGGUUGUAAUCACUCAUUCUCAUGCUGAUGCAAUUGGAGGUCCUGAUGAUCUCCGUGAUUGGACAAACAAUGUGCAGCCUCACAUUCCAAUUUACACUGCUACGCGUGAUUUUGAGGUGAUGAAAAAAACCCAUUACUACCUGGUUGAUACGAGUGUGCAUAGCACUCAACAUAUGUUACUCAUUGCUUCGAUUCUUUUUUUUUUUUUUUUUUUUUUGUGUUAUAACUCGAAGAUUUUCAGCAAGCAAAAGUGCAAAACCCACUAGUUAUUAGAGUAUCAAAUAUAUUUUUAUCGUAGUUAGUUAAUACUUCUAUAAUAAUAACUAAACAUAAUUGAAAUGGUAGAGAAUCCCAAAAAUUUAUCUUGACCCAUAUAGUGAAAUCAAUUCUAGUUGUUCAAAUGUAAUUCCACUUCUUCUCUUCACUCCAGGAUGUUUUGUAUCAUCUUUUGCAUCCUUGAUUCUUGAUUUCACAAUGCGGGUCAUUAGUCAACAAAUGUAUGUUCUUUUUGUUGUUAUAAUAUGUUUUCACAUAAUUUAGAUUUUUAACAAAAACAAUAAAAAAAAGCCCAAAACGCCCAAUAAACAAAAAGCCCACAGAUUUAACAGAAACAAUAAAAAAACAAAUUAAUGGACUUGUUUAGCAAGCUCACUCUCGACUUGUUCAGCAAGCUCACUCCCGACUUCUCUUCUCCAGCAGCUUCUCUUCUCCAGCGUGAGGAAACAUGGGUCUAGCUUCACGAGUUCUACUCAAGAUCAAGAGACGUCGUAAGAGACCCACCACGCCCCAAAGUUUCUCGCAACUUGGGUUUAGGGUCGUUGAAAUGAAGUCAGAUGGGCACUGCCUCUUCAGGGCUAUGUCGCACCAGAUGUACAGGCAUCAGCGUGGGCACCUAUCCUACCGAAAGGAGAUUGUGCACCAUAUUGAGGUAGAUCUUGGAAAUUUCUAUAUAAAAUUCUAUAAACAUGAUAAUCAUUCAUGUUAUAUUGUCAUAUAUGCACACAUAAACAUCAGGAGUUCUUCGAGCCCUUUGUCAUUACCCGCAAUGCUCUUGACCAGAUCACCGAAACCUUUGAGCAGUGCUGUAAAAGGAUGAAGAAAGAACCCAUCUAUUGGGGAGGAGAGCCGGAGCUGGUAGCAGCAUCUCGUAUCUUGCACCGCAUCAUUCGAGUCUAUAAUGUAUGUGUCACUUCUCAUAAGAUUCUAUAAUGUAUGUCUAUAAUGAUUGCAACAUCUCGUGUCUUGCACCGCACCAUAAGAAUCUAUAAUGAUAGUAGCAUCUCGUGUCUUGCACCGCACCAUAAAUAAUGUAUGUCACUUCUCAUUAUAGACUUUUUUGUUAUGCUAUCAUUAUAGACUCUGACUCUUUAUAAUAAUAACUAAACAUAAUUGAAAUGGUAGAGUAAGAGUUUAUAAUGAUAGCAUAACAAAAGAAUCUAUAAUGAUAAGUGACAUACAUUAUGGUGCGGUGCAAGACACGAGAUACUGCUAUCAUUAUAGACUCUUAUGGUGCGGUACAAGACACGAGAUGUUGCUAUCAUUAUAGACAUACAUUAUAGAAUCUUAUGAGAAGUGACACAUACAUUAUAUACUCGAAUGGUGCGGUGCAAGAUACGAGAUGCUGCUACCAACUCCGGCUCUCCUCCCCAAGAGGUGGGUUCUUUCUUCAUCCUUUUACAGUACUGCUCAAAGGUUUCGGUGAUCUGGUCAAGAGCAUUGCGGGUAAUGACAAAGGGCUCGAAGAACUCCUGAUGUUUCUGUAUGCAUAUAUGACAAUAUAACAUGAAUGAUUAUCCAGUUGAUAAAAUUUUAUAUAGAAAUUUCCAAGAUCUACCUCAAUGUGGUGCACAAUCUCCUUUUGAUAGGAUAGGUGCCCACGCUGAUGCUUGUACAUCUGGUGCGACAGGGCUCUGAAGAGGCAGUGCCCAUCUGACUUCAUUUCAACGACCUUGAACCCAAGUUGCGAAAAACUUCGGGGUCUGGUGGGUCUCUUACGACGUCUCUUGAUCUUGAGUAGAACUCGUGAAUCUAGACCCAUGUUUCCUCACGCUGGAGAAGUCGGGAGUGAGCUUGCUGAACAAGUCGGGAGUGAGCUUGCUGAACAAGUCCAUUAAUUUGUUUUUUUAUUGUUUUUGUUAAAUCUGUGGAUUUUUUGUUUAUUGGGCGUUUUGGGCUCUUUUUUAUUGUUUUUUUUUAAAUCUAAAUUAUGUGAAAACAUAUUAUAAUAACAAAAAGAACAUACAUUUGUUGACUAAUGGUCCGUAUUGUGAAAUCAAGGAUGCAAAAGAUGAUACAAAACAUCGUCGAGUGAAGAUAAGAAGUGGAAUUACAUUUUAACAACUAGAAUUGAUUUCACUUUAUGGAUCAAGAUAAAUUUUUGGGAUUCUCAACCAUUUCAAUUUUUUUAGUUAUUAUUAUAGACGUAUUAACUAUAAUAUAUUUGAUACUCUAAUAACCAGUGGGUUUUGCACUUUUGCUUGCUGAAAAUCUUCCAAUUAUAACACACAAAAAAAUAGAAUCGAAGCAAUGAGUAACAUUUGUUGAGUGCUAUGCACAUUUCGUGGAUUUUCCACGACAAAAUGAGAUAGCAAGCAUGCUAUGCACAUUUCACAGUUUAUAAUCAUUUACUUUAUAUAUUAACCGUUGACAACAAAUGUUAAAUGGUGACGAAAUACGUUUGCUACGACUGUCUAGUCUGUACUACUACAACCACAGUGAACGCAUUAGGUUCGUAAGCUUGUUAGUGUCCACCCUCAGUCACAUCCCACUUUUGGUAGCCUUUAAACUCAAAAGCGAGAUCUUUAACAUAUGCGAAGAUAACUUGAACAUUAUUAGUCCAUUGAUAUAUCCAAUGGCAGAUAGCUCUUUUGUAAAAAAAUGGAAUGUCCAAGUUGUUAGUUUUGACUUUUGAUUGGUUAAUGUCAUUUUGAUUUUCAAAAAUUUAUAAGUGGACAGGCAUAUUCUUGAGAAUAUACCAGUUUCAUUCCCUUCCA